GGAGGAGGAGGACGGCGACUCGGCGGCGCAAGAGAUCCAGCACGGAGCUCCGAGGGCGAAUCUGCCGACGCCGUGUCCUGGCCUUCCGGCAGCGGGGGCGACCGGGGCCGUCAGCUUCUACGGAGCCCUGCCCGGGCAUGAAGGCCUGUGGGUCGGCGUGACCCUCCACGAGCAGUGCCCUGGCCCCGACGGCGAGGCCUCCUGGCGCCCCGGGGCGUCUCUGCUGCCCGCGGAUGCCGUCGUGGCAGACGCCGCGGCGCAGCCCUCGCCGCGCGGGGCCGCGCCGCGCCGGCUGUACCUCCUCUCGGAGGAGCGGCCGGACUGCAUGGGCGAGUACAGGCUGGUGCAGGGCGCCACCGCCGGCGGCCAGCCGCUCUGGAAGAGCUCCAGCGCCGACCGCUGGGUCUACUCCGCCCCGAGCUCCAGCAGCCCGGACGCGGGCACGUGGAUGGUCGGCGGGCCGGCCGAGUUCGAGCAGGGCUUCCAGUGCAAGACGGGCUACCUGCACCUGCGGCACAGGCACGGCGGGGAGUCCCCGGACAAGGUGGCGGCGCGGGGCGGUGCGACGUGGAGCCGCUGGUGUGGUUCUUCGUGGGUCAGGAAUGCCGAUGUGGAGCUGGUCGACGCAACCCGCGGCUUUACAGCGGUGAAGGAGGCGCUCGAGGCGCGCCUCGGGGGCAUCGAGGCGUCGCGCAGAGACGCCCGCGCCGAGCACGCGGCGCUGGACGACGAGGUGCGGGAGCUGCGCGCGGCGGCGGCGGCGCGGGAGGCGCGGCGCGAGAGGGCGCAGGAG